AGUUUCUUAUGUUGUGUAGAGUAGAGAUGACAACAUUAAGCAUGUCUUUGCAAAGAACUAUGCUGUUCUUCUUCUCUUGUUGUGUUAUAAUUCUGUCACUUUCGAUCAUCGAAACGGCAGCUUUUAACGAUAAAAACCAGCUUAUUCAGCCGCUCGAAACAGAAAACGCAGACGCGGUGACCGCGGUGAUAGAGCGAGGGUUAAAUACGAGGCCGCGGCCGAAGCACAAGAACGCUUACGCGACGAUGAUGUACAUGGGAACACCAAGAGACUACGAGUUCUACGUUGCGGCACGUGUCUUGAUCAGAUCGCUUAAGGGUCUUCACGUGGACGCUGAUAUCGUCGUCAUCGCCUCCCUCGACGUCCCUCUCGACUGGAUUCACGCUCUGGAAGAAGAGGACGGAGCUAAAGUAGUGAGAGUAGAGAAUCUUGAGAAUCCAUACAAGAAACAAACUAACGUCGACAACAGAUUCAAGCUUAGUCUAAACAAGCUCUAUGCUUGGUCUCUCUCUGAUUAUGGCCGUGUCGUUAUGCUUGACGUCGACAAUCUCUUCCUCAAGAACACGGACGAGCUCUUCCAAUGCGGCCAAUUCUGUGCUGUCUUCAUUAACCCUUGCAUCUUCCACACUGGCCUCUUCGUGUUGCAGCCGUCAAUGGAGGUAUUUAGAGACAUGAUUCAUGAGCUUGAAGUAAAGAGAGAUAACCCUGAUGGAGCUGACCAAGGGUUUCUUGUCAGCUACUUCUCCGAUUUACUCGACCAGCCUCUUUUUCGUCCUCCUCUAGAUAACCACACCAAUGCUCUUACCGGACAUUUUAGGCUUCCUUUGGGAUAUCAAAUGGACGCAUCUUACUACUACCUUAAACUCAGAUGGAACGUACCGUGUGGACCGAACAGUGUGAUCACGUUUCCAGGAGCAGUUUGGUUGAAGCCAUGGUAUUGGUGGUCAUGGCCUGUUCUUCCUUUAGGCCUUUCAUGGCACCACCAACGCCGCUACACCAUAAGUUACUCCGCAGAGAUGCCUUGGGUUCUAAUUCAAGCAGUGUUUUACUUAGGUACCAUACUAGUCACGCGUCUAGUGCGUCCCAGCUUGACCAAGCUAUAUAACCAACGUUCUGAUAAGAAUCUAGGCAUGAUCCAUAUAACUUUCAAGUUUGUUGCACUGCUCUUGAUCCUCUCAGCCUACGUUAUACCAUUCUUCAUCAUCCCAAAAACGAUACACCCGCUCAUCGGUUGGUCGCUCUACUUAACUGGCUCUUUUGCUCUCUCUACCAUACCUGUCAACGCCUUCUUGCUUCCAAUGCUCCCUGUUUUAACACCGUGGCUUGGCAUUUUGGGGACGCUCCUCGUGAUGGCUUUUCCCUCUUAUCCUGAUGGCAUUGUUAGAGCAUUGUCGGUUUUCGGGUAUGCCUUUUGCUGUGCACCGUUUCUGUGGGUCUCUUUUGUGAAAAUCACAUCGCAUCUUCAGGUUUUGAUUGGCAAAGAGGUUAUGUUUACGCGGUUGGGUGAAUCCGGAAUUAGCCUUGGACUCAGCAAAUUGUAUUGAAUAAGACGGUGAGAUUUUUAAUCAUCUUGAUGGAUAGCUACUGUAUAAAAACCAAUGUUUUUAAACCUGACCCGGACAAUGAACCGGACUACCUUCUGAGUUACUGGGUCAUCGGGUCAACCGGGUUGAACCGUGGGUCAAUUAAUUGAUUAAUAUAUUUAUAGAGAUUAUAUAGUUUAUACAUAAUAGAAUCAAUUGAAUUUUUAAAACCCUACUUGCGUUUAAUAUUGUUGUUAAACAAAAAGAAAACAGUAAC